UAAAGCUGGAAUGGCACGGCCACAAGGGACUAUUUAUAUGCUGGGACUCCAGGAGGUUCACACAGAAGACGAGACACAAUUUGGAAGAGCUGUCUAGAAGAAGACAAUGUGUGAGCUACAGGUGCCACACACGCAGUUUGUGACCUUGCCUAUUGGCUCUUCUGUGACAAUCAAAGGAAGGACUCUCCUCCCUUUUGUCAAGGCCCCAGAACUGCAGGUGGAUUUCCACACUGGAACAUCCGUGAAGUCAGACAUCGCCUUCCAUUUCCGAGUGUACUUUGGCCAUUAUGUGGUCAUGAACAGCCGUGAGAAUGGGGGCUGGAAGUGUGAGAGGAUUUCCUCUCAGAUGCCCUUUGAGGAUGACAAACCAUUCAACAUUCGCAUCCUGGUGCUGCACAACGAGUACCAGGUGGUGGUAAAUGGCCAACACAGUUACACCUUUGCCCAUCGAAUCCAGCCAGGGUCUGUGAAGAUGGUGCAAGUGUGGAGAGAUGUCUCCUUGACCUCAGUGAAUGUCUACUAGAGAGGCAGGUGAUCUCACCCCUCCCCCAUAUUUGGUCAUUAAAAUGUCAGCAAACUUUUCAAGAUUUGGUUCUUGCUUUAGUGGGGGAAAAGGAAGUUGUCAUCACAAAGAAGGACCUGGAGGUUUCCAGGGAGGCAUAAGAUUUGGUUCUUGCUUUAGUGGGGGAAAAAAGGAAGUUGUCAUCACAAAGGACCUGGAGGUUUCCGGGGAGGCAUCAAGAAAUCACAGAGACCCAGCUGCUUGGGAGGCUGAGGCAAGAGAAUCGCUUAAGCCCAGGAGUUGGAGGUUGCUGUGAGCUGUGUGAGGCCACGGCACUCUACCGAGGGCCAUAAAGUGAGACUGUCUCUAGAAAAAAAAAAAAAAAAAAAGAAAUCACAGAGAGAGCCAGGCACGGUGGCUCUUGCCUGUAAUCCUAGCACUCUGCCACCCUAAGAUUGAGUGCUGUAGAGUCAUCAUAGUUCCAGGAGACCAGGAGUUCCAGACCAGCCUGAGCACAAAUGAGACCCCAUCUCUACUAAAAAUAGAAAACUUAGCCAGACUUGGUGGUAUACGCCUAUAGUCCCAACUACUCAAGAGGCUGAGGCAGAAGGACUGCUUGAGCCCUGGAGUUUGAGGUUGCUGUGAGCUAUGAUAAUGCCACUGCACUCUAGCUUAGGGGAAAAGCAAGACCCUGUCUCAAACAAAACAAAACAAAACAAGAGGUUAGAAGGAGUAAAUGACAAGGUCAUUGAGAUACCUAAGACAUUAGUAACAACAUUCUUUUCAUAGGACUUAGUAUAUGUCAGACAUUCAGAACCAAAAUCCUUACCCAAUUUCAAAUGGCAGAACUGAAAUGUUAAGUAGGUGUUUAUAGCCACUGAGCCAUAAUUGGUGGCUUGGGGCCAGGCACUGUGCUUCAUACCUGUAAUCCUAGCAUUUGGUUGUGCUUUGUUUUGUUUAAUUUUGAGAAAAAGUCUCACUUUGUGGCCCUCCAUAAAGUGCAGUGGCAUCAUAGCUCACAGCAAUCUCAAACUCUUGGGCUUUAGCGAUCUCUUGCCUCAGCCUCUCAAAUAGCUGGGACUGCAGGCACCCCCUACAAUACCUGGCUAAAUCCUAGCAUUUUUGGAAGCCAAGGUGGGUGAUCACUUGAGCUCAGGAGUUCGAGACCAGCAUGAGCAAGAAUGAGACCUUGUCCCUACUAAAAAUAGAAAAAUCAGCCAGGUAUGGAGGUGCACACCUGUGAUCCCCACUACUUGGGAAGGUGAGCUCAGGAGUUAGAGGGUUACAGUGAGCUAUAAUGAUGGCACUGCACUCUACCUGGGGUGACAGAGAGACUGUCUC